GGCCCGGCUCAUCCGGCCCAAGUAUCGGGUCCAGCCAGGGUGUAUAUCAUGGGGAUAUGAAGGCGUGAGCUGGCUGCGGCAAUAGGGGAGAAAAAGAAGAAAAAACGAACUUACAACGGUUUUGCGCGCUUUCUUCUCGCUGGCACUGUUGCUCUCAAAUCAAAUCAUUCUUCCAAUUCUUCUUUCUCCCCCGUGAUUCGAUCAAUUGAUCUGUACGAAGUCCGCUGGAGUAAGCAAGUAGCCAUUUUUUUUGUCUAACUAGAAAAAUGGGGUUUCCGGCCGCUCUUGCUAUUGUCCUAAUCGGAAUCGUCUUCUUUGCAUCCGGCCUCGUCGUCAAUCUCGUUCAGGCGGUUACGUUUCUUCUUUUCCGUCCAAUUUCCAAGGCAUUGUACAGAAGGAUUAACAAAGUGGUGGCGGAGAUGCUGUGGUUGGAACUCAUAUGGCUGGUUGACUGGUGGGCUAAUUUGAAGGUUGAAGUAUAUGCAGAUGAUGAGACCUUUAACUUGCUGGGUAAAGAACAUGCCAUGCUCCUUUCCAAUCACAGGAGUGAUGUUGACUGGCUAAUUGGAUGGGUCCUUGCUGAGCGCUCUGGUUGCCUUGGCAGUUCACUAGCCCUUAUGAAGAGAGAAAAUAAAUGGCUUCCUAUAAUAGGCUGGUCAAUGUGGUUUUCGGAUUAUGUGUUUCUUUCUAGAAGCUGGGACAAGGACGAAAGCACAUUGAAGUCGGGUUUUGAAAGGCUGGUGGAUUUUCCCAUGCCUUUUUGGCUAGCUGUUUUUGCAGAAGGAACUCGGUUUACUCGGGCAAAGCUAGAAGCAGCUCAGGAAUUCGCUGCUGCGCAGGGGUUACCUAUUCCUAGAAAUGUUCUGAUUCCCCGUACCAAGGGUUUUGUAUCAGCUGUAACUCAUUUGAGGGCAUUUGUUCCAGCAAUUUAUGAUUGUACAGUUGCUGUCCCAAAAGAUCAGCCCUCGCCCACUUUGCUAAGAAUGUUUAGAAGACAGGCUUCCGUGAUAAAUGUGAAAAUUAAGCGACAUCCAAUGCACGAACUUCCUGAAACAGCAGAUGGCAUUUCCCAGUGGUGCAAAGAUCUAUUCAUUGCCAAGGACGCUGCUUUGGAUAAGUUCCUUGUCAAGGACACCUUCAGCGAACGAAAGCAUGACAUCGGGCGACCAAAGAAGUCAUUAUGUGUUGCUAUUGUUUGGUCGACUCUACUAGUCUGGUCCAUUGCCAGUUUGUUCCAGUGGCUAUCGCACCUAGGCUCGUGGGUAGUCAUUGCAAUCUUGGUUACUUUACUGGUAAUCAUCAUGAUCGGAAUGCACAUUCUCAUCCAGUCCUCGGAGUCGGAGCACUCUACACCUGCACGAAAUGUGACAGUAGUCUGUGAUGGAGUCCAGGAUAAACUCAUUCAGAAUUGAACCAGCUGGGGGCAAAAAAAAAAAAAAAAAGACUUCUGCUUUUCAGUAAAUGUUGUCCAUUUUAGUCUUGUUUCAGUCGAAUCAUUGUUAAUCUUGAACAGCUCAAUGAAAAUUCAGCUAUGGGGUUGUGUAAAAGUCUUGUUCUUUAUCCAUCAGAAGCGUUUGAAGUCAGGUUUUUGAAGUUGCAACGAAGCUGGGCUCAAAGGAUCUCUUCUCUAUCUUUCCUGUCUGCCGUAAUUUGUAACGUAAUGCCAACCAUAGUUUGGGAAUUCAAUUCAAUGAAUUCUACACAAUAAUUUAUUUUAAAAUGAAAUAAAUUGUCGAUUCAUUUGGAAAACAUUGAUGACAUAUUCAUGAAUACAAACCUUGAUUUUAGACUACCAUAUUGAUGAAAUAGACUCUUUACUAUUUGGAAUGAGAUAUUUUCUAUAUAAUUUUAUACGAUAUAAGAGUUCAGGCUCAAGAUAGGGUGCAUAACCAUGGGUUAUGCACCCAUCAAUAACCAAAUCUGGACCCUUUAUUUAGAAAUUUCAGACUUAAGGAAGGAGAAUUAAAGACCAUUUUUAUUUUUUCUAGCUUUCUUAAUUGACUCAUAUCUUUUUCAUUUUAACUCGGAUUUUAAUUUUUUUGCACAGAUGGAACGAGUUCAUCGUGCUCUACAAAAUGAGAUCAAUUUUCAAUAUUUUUUGAGAAAAAAAAAAUUCUGGCCUCUCGGUACCAACUGCAUACCAUAUGGUAUUUUCUUCGUUUUUAAUUCGUUUUUGAAAAAGUUUGCACAGAAGGGACGAGUUCAUCAUGAUCUAUUGGAUCUACAAAUUUCUGGGUGAACAAAUUACAAGACCAAAAAAUACCACACAAUACCAUACAAUACCACCCUGGUACGGGGUGGUAUUGUAUGGUAUCUUCUUCGUUUUUAAUUCGUUUUUGAAAACGUUUGCCUAGAAGGGACGAGUUCAUCAUGAUCUAUUGGAUCUACAAAUUUCUGGGUGAACAAAUUACAGGACCAAAAAAUACCACACAAUAUCAUACAAUACCACCCUAGUACGGGGUGGUAUUGUGUGGUAUACAAUGUUAAAAGUCAUAAAUGACAAUUAAUAUACUUCUACUAUCAUGUAUUCAACCAUCAUACAGUCUUGGUUUGUUCAUACCACCAUGGUACGUUUUUCAAACCAUAGGUAUGCUUUUAUUUCAAUACCAGUCAAUACCAUAUGGUAUAGACUGGUAAAAAAUGGCUCAAUUUUUUUUGUUCGAAAAAUAUAUUAAAGUGGAUAUCAUUUUGAAGAGCAUAAUUAAUCUUAUCUAACUGUGCAAAAAAAAAUUAAAUUUUGACUUAAAAUGGGUGAGAAAUCGUCCGUCAAAGAUUAAAGAAGAGAAAAUUAAAGGCUUUAGAGGAGAGAGAGGAUGCUGAUGUGGAUGGGUUACUCAUGGUUACUCACCAUAAGGUUACUGACCUGAUCCAUUCCCAAGAGUUCAUGAAGAUAAAAGGAAAUUGAAUGGUUUAGUGUAAAUUGGGAUCAGUAUUAUUGAUUGUAAUUUAGUUCAAGUUAGAAAAGGACUUAUCUCAGUAUAAUUAUAUUUAAAUGAAAUAAUUUAAUUAAAUAUAUUUUGAGUUUUAUGCAACUUGUCACCAACAAUUCCAUCUAGUUCGGUUCAUUUACAUGCUAUACAUAAUUAAGUAACCAUUUUAAAAAUUAAUAAUAAAGUGAUAAACAAAUAAGUAAAAUAACUAACCUUUGGAUUACCACCCUUAACUAAUCAAGUAUUAGUUGUGUUUGAUUCAUUCAAAUUACUAUUCAUUUGUACAAAUAAAAUAAAUAAAUUGCAUCCAUUAUGAUCUCAUAGGAUAGUGAAUAGAAAUUCACUAGCCGACAAGAGAGACUUGGUCUGUAAAGAUAAAUUAAAUCAAAUAAU